CAGGUAGAGACACGGGGUGAGAAAGUUGAAAACCCCUUAUUUAAGAAGAUACCAUUCAUUUUAAAUCCGGAUCCUAUCUCUCCAAUUUCCAAAUUUUAGGAGAAAGAUUUCAACUUUCAGCAACCCUUCUUUGAAAUUUUGAAGAACUGAGAUAAUCAGUAAUACUUCAAAUCAUGAAGUAUAAGGAUGAGAAACCAAGUUCCAAGCCCGACAAGGGUUUUCGGGCUUUGCCUACGACAAUACUUGUUGUUCUACUCUGUGGAUUUUCUUUCUAUCUAGGUGGAAUUUUCUGUUCCGAGAAAAACAAAUAUGUAGCUGGCAAUGUCCAGGACUUGUCCAAAUCUGUCCCUUCUCCAAAGGAAGUGACGGUGGUCCCUCUUCAUAUGAAAACUGUUUCCUUCCCAGAAUGCACCAUUGACUAUCAAGACUACACACCAUGCACAGAUCCAAGGAGGUGGAAGAAGUAUGGAUAUCACCGGCUUACCUUCCUGGAACGCCACUGUCCUCCCCUAUUCGAAAGGAAGGAAUGCUUGGUUCCUCCUCCAGAUGGGUAUAAGCCACCUAUCAGAUGGCCAAAGAGCCGGAACGAAUGUUGGUACAGGAAUGUGCCGUAUGAUUGGAUUAACAAGCAAAAGUCUAAUCAAAACUGGCUGAGAAAACAGGGGGAGAAGUUCCUCUUUCCUGGUGGCGGUACCAUGUUCCCCCAUGGAGUUAGUGCUUAUGUAGAUUUAAUGCAAGAUCUCAUUCCUGAAAUGAAGGAUGGAACAGUUAGAACUGCUAUUGAUACUGGAUGUGGGGUUGCUAGUUGGGGUGGUGAUCUAUUGGAUCACAAGAUUUUAACAGUUUCUCUUGCUCCAAGAGAUAAUCAUGAAGCCCAGGUCCAAUUUGCAUUAGAACGUGGAAUUCCUGCAAUCCUUGGUGUCAUUUCCACACAGAGGCUCCCUUUCCCCUCAGAUUCAUUUGAUAUGGCUCAUUGCUCAAGAUGCCUUAUUCCAUGGACAGAAUUUGGUGGAAUUUACCUCCUGGAGAUUCACAGGAUACUCCGUCCUGGUGGUUUCUGGGUCCUGUCUGGCCCCCCUGUAAACUAUGAAAAUCGCUGGAGAGGAUGGAAUACUACUGUGGAAGAGCAGAAGUCAGAUUAUGAAAAGUUGCAGGAAUUGCUGACUUCAAUGUGCUUCAAAAUGUAUGCCAAAAAGGAUGAUAUUGCUGUGUGGCAGAAGUCUUCAGAUACUAGUUGCUACAAUAAGCUUUCUGAGCCAGAUGUCUACCCUCCUCAGUGUGAUGACAGCAUUGAACCAGAUGCAGCCUGGUACACCCCACUCCGCCCAUGUGUUGUAGUUCCAGGCCCAAAAUUGAAGAAAUCAGGUCUGAAAUCUGUCAAGAAGUGGCCUGAGCGUUUACAUGUUGCACCUGAACGUCUUUCAGAUGUUCCUGGUGGGAGUGCUGGUGCAUUCAAGCAUGAUGACAGCAAGUGGAAGGUGCGAGCCAAGCACUACAAAAAGUUGCUUCCUCCACUUGGGACCACCAAGAUAAGAAAUGUUAUGGACAUGAACACAGCUUAUGGAGGUUUUGCUGCUGCUGUGAUUGAUGAUCCCCUGUGGGUCAUGAAUGUGGUCUCUUCUUAUGCUGCUAACACUCUUCCUGUUGUGUAUGAUCGAGGGCUCAUUGGAACUUACCAUGAUUGGUGUGAAGCAUUCUCAACAUAUCCUAGAACAUAUGAUCUCCUCCAUCUUGAUGGCCUUUUCACUGCAGAGAGCCACAGGUGUGACAUAAAGUAUGUGCUCUUGGAGAUGGACCGUAUCCUUCGUCCCAACGGGUAUGCAAUAAUACGAGAGUCCAGCUAUUUUGUGGAUUCUGUAGCUACCAUUGCAAAGGGAAUGAGGUGGGGUUGCCGUGUCGAAGAUACAGAGUAUGGAGUGGAGAAGGAAAAGAUAUUAGUAUGUCAGAAGAAACUAUGGUAUUCCUCUAACAGCAGUUCAAGCUAACAUCAGAAAUUCAGGUGAUGGCGAUAAAUUAAGCUCUUGCAUGGUUUGAGUAUAAUCAUUCUUCCAGAAGAAGAAGAAGCAAAAGUGAAGUUCCAUACCUCAUACAGAGAUUAGAUUUAUUUCAUAGAAGCCAAGAAUGUCAAAAUUCAAAUUGAUCAAUUGAUGAAAUAGGCACCCAAUAAUAUGAUUUUGGUAAUUUAUAAAUGUAUUCUUGGAAAGGAAUAUGUCUAUAAAAGGUUCUUGAUUUUUGUAUCAACUUUUUAUUCACUUUUUCAUAUUUCUCCUCCAGGCGUCAGACUUCUUUGUAUUGUGAUUUUACCAAGUCCAAAGAAAAUUUCCACCUUUGU